GUAUAAUAUGUAGAGCUAUAUAGUUAUAUAGUAUAUAGUAAACACUCUGCGUUUUAUAAAGGUAUAUACUUCGCACAUGUGACGUAUAUAUCAAGUGCACACGGAAGUGUUGUCAGUCAGUGGCUCAAUCGCACACAGACAACUGACACACCCCAUGCAGCAUACAGCGAAUCACCAAUCUCCAGAAUUGGAUAACUCAUAAUAAGUAUAGCUAUACCUUUUACACCAGUACUUACACACAGGGGAUCGUAGAUCGGACACUAAAAACUAAUCACAAGUCUUACCUACACUUUCCUACGUCAUACUCUCAUCAAUACACAACACCAUAUACACCGGCACACAGAGUACCCUCAAUCUAACACAGCAUGACGUGUGCAUCUGCGAACAUCAACUCCAGCGAUAUGUUCUCAUUCUCAUCUCGACGAUCUAAUGUAUUUAGCACACACGGGAUGGUAGGUAGUUCCCAACCGCUAGCGUCGGAGAUAGGACUGUCAGUACUGAAGCGUGGGGGAAAUGCCGCAGAUGCAGCGGUUGCCAUGGCAGCGGCGCUGAAUGUCACGGAGGACAUGUACAUGGUCAUAGCACACGCGUGUUGGAAAUUCAUCUAA